AUGUUGCCAACGUUUCGUCCGCGAUCGCGUUUCCCGGUGCUGGUGCUGAUGCUUGGGGCACUUGCGUUGUGUCGAUCCGCAGCAGCAUCCGAAAAACGUUCAUAUUUUGGGUGCUACGAACGCGAUCGUUUUGCACGGCUAGCUGUAACGACCGAGAGCUUGGACGUGUGCAUCGACAAUUGCGAGAGUAGCUUCAGCAGAUACGCCGUACUAUCCGGUUCGCGGUGCAGUUGCACGAAUACGAUCCAAACCCGCGUUGUUGAGGACCGUGAAUGUGGACUUUCCUGUGUCGAACAACCGGACAUGAGCUGCGGUGGUGUUGUCGCACAGAGCGUGUACGAAACGGGUAUUGAAGUAGCCGGACCGGUGCGUAAUCUGCGGAUCGAGGGGGACACGCUACACGAAGACACGAUUUCGAUUCGGUGGGAUCUGCCGGCCGAAGAUGGGGCGCCCUUGGAACAGUUACAAAUUGUCGCUGAAGCUAUCCGCACCUUCGCUAGCUAUCGUAUCCAUCCGCUUCACUGGUCGCUGCCCAAUUCGACCACCGCGUUUGAGCUCUCGAAUCUGAACCCCGGCACCGAGUACAACGUAACGGUCGUAUCGAUCUCACCGAAAGGUGAAGGAGGUCGUGCCAGUACCGUUGGCAGCACCGAGAUCGGCAUCCCGGACCCGGAGCCCGAGGAACCGAUCAUACUGCGUCGGCUUGGUUCGACGAUUCUGAUCAAAAUACUCCGAGCAACGAACAGCAACGGACCGGUAAAUUACUACCGAAUUGUGGUCCACUACGUAAACGACGAACUGAUCCAGCAGAUCGAUCACAGCCAGCUGAACACGUUUCAAAAGUCGAAGGAAAACCGCGUUCCGUACUACAUCGCGGCCGAGCUCGAGAUGAAAGACGACGAUUCGAUGCUCUUUACGGUGGGCGAUGGCCGGGAGUAUCGGAGCUACUUCAAUCCACCGAUCACGGCCCGGGCCCACGUGCAUAUCUCGAUCGGCGUCGUGAGUGUUUUAAAUCACGUCGUAAAGGUUCGCUACGCCACCACAACCCACGAACAGCACCAGUAUCCGGACCAUCAGCACGUAAACUUAAGAACGGUUGAAGUCGAGCGAAACGAAACCCUCAUCACGAUUCUCACCGUUGCUUGCGUUCUGUUUGGGAUCGUGCUAACCGCGGCCAUCAUCCUGUACAUUUAUUUGCGCUACAAAACCCCCUCGGCCAAUCCGCGGCCCUUCGCCGACCAUCACGAGCUCACGCUGCAGGGUCCGAUACUGGAGGUGGAAAACAGUGGCUUCAUGCCGGACAUUUACGAGCAACGCGGUUUUGAGGCGGAACUGCGCGACAUUCUUGAGGGACUGGACCAAUCGAAACACCACGCCCGGAAGUACCUCAGUCUUAACAUUAACCACAUCCUUGGCAGCGGAAAGUAUGGGGACAUUUUGGCCGGAAGCUUGCAGCAAGAAGGGAACGAUAUGCCGACCCAGGUGCACGUGAUCACGGACGACAUGGAAGGGGUCGAUCAGAUUGCAUUCCUCAACGAGUUCAGACGGCUCGCUUCGCUAGAGUCCCAUGCCAAUGUGAAUCUCUUCUACGGCGUUUGCGUGACUCCCGACUGGUGCUACCUCCUGUUCGAACAAAUGCAAUCCACGCUGAAAAAAACCCUCCUGAAUGCCCGUGUGCCAAGCAACGUGAAUAGUGCAAAGUUUUCUACAAUAUCGGAAGAGAUCGUCGUCAACAUCCUGUGCCUGGUGUGCGAUGGAAUGCAGUUUCUGGUGGACAAUAAUAUUGUGAGCAAAAAGCUGUGUGCCCGCACCGUGUACGUGAAUACCAAAUUCGAGGUGAAGGUGAGUGCCUUCGGUCCACCGCUGUACGCCGAGGAUACAGAGAAGACGAUCGAUAUCGCCCGCUGGCACGCCCCGGAAGUCAUCAAGUUCCAGAACCACAGCUCGAAGAGCGACGUUUGGUCGUUCGGCUUGCUCAUCUGGGAGUGUUGCUGCCUUGGAGCCACCCCUUACGGGUCGACGACGACCGACAAUUUGUUCGCCGCGAUCCGUGGUGGUCUGAAACCGGAACGGCCAUCGUUCAUGUUUGAAGAUCUGUACCAGCUGUGCAUCAACUGCUGGGACUUGGAUGCCAGCGAUCGGCCAACGUUCGACGAGCUACGACGCUACCUGCGGCAAACGCUACCGAUGCUCCGGUAUUUGCUGUCGUUCGAGCGGAAACAGAGUGUUCAGUUGCCGAGCUACUUACCUCACCUGGAGACGUUGGAGUGA